GGGGGUCAGACAGGGUCUAGUGAACUGCGCGGGAGUGCACCUUCUGCCGGUGACCAACGUCUUCGCAGUAAUCCCUAGCUACCCGCGAGUAAUCAGCCCAUUCGCUCCAGAAAAGAAAUAUUUGCCCACGGCAACUGGCGCAUUGGCCUACGCCAUGAUAGUUUUGGAUGAUAUGAAGAUGGGGCAGACGUCAAGCAGAGGAUUGAAUAUUUUCCGUUUCUGCGUCCCGAACCCCCAUUUUCGCACCUUUAGCGGCCAGCGAUCGAUAUCAUAGGAAGCAGCAGGUUUAUAGCAUGGCUCCCUCAAUAUGGAGCCUCAUGAAGCGGUCAACAUCUGCCAGUCCUCCGACGUCGAAGCUGCACAAGAUGGCUCCUGGACUGACGGCUGACUCCGAGUCUCGCACGCACACGUCUGGCAGCAGCACCACGACUACCACGACGACUACCAACACAGAAGCGGCCUCGCAAUUCUCCUAUGUGAAGGACGAGGACUACUCUAGCUUCAUGAGCGAUGUCUUGGUGGUGGGAGCUGGGCCCGCAGGCCUGAUGCUUGCAGACAACCUUGUGCGCUAUGGCAUUAAGACGAGGAUCAUUGACGACCGCUCCGACCGUACCGCCACAGGCCGCGCCGAUGGCAUCCAGCCCAAGACGAUCGAGACGCUGCGCCAGAUGCGCAUCGCAGAGCCGCUGUUGCGCAAGGGCGUCAAGAUCUACGACAUUGCCUUCUGGUCGUCGACGCCGGAUGAGACACUGCACCGCACUGGGCGCGAGAUCCACUACCCGCCCGUGGUAGACCUGCUCGAUCCGUACAUCUUGCUGGUACAUCAGGGCAUGGUCGAGAACAUCUUCGAGGACGACCUCAGAGAGCGAGGCACCGUCGUCUCUCGCAACACCGCCUUUGUUGAUUUCGAGUACACGCCCAUGUCCGUACGCCCCCUUACAGUCAAUUGUUUGCAGAAUGUGAAUCAUACCAAAAAGUCCUUCGCAACACGGUACAUCGUGGGCUGCGACGGUGCUCACUCCAAGGUACGAAAGUGCAUACCUGGCUCGACGCCCGUAGGUUCCUCGUCUGAAGCUGUCUGGGGUGUUCUAGACGGUGUACUUGAUACCGACUUCCCCGACAUCUGGAGCAAGGUGGUCGUGCAGUCGGAGGCGCUGGGAUCAGUGCUGAUGAUUCCUCGUGAAAGGGGCCUCACGCGCUUGUACAUUGAACUCAGACCAGAAUCGACCGAGGCGGUUGGAAGAGAGCAGGCAACACAGGAAUUUGUGCAGAAACGCGCUCAAGCCAUCAUGCAGCCCUACAGACUCGAAUGGAAGUGUGUUGAAUGGUUUGGUCGCUACAAAAUCGGUCAGAGAGUGGCCUCCAAAUUCACCGACAAAGCGCGGAGGGUCUUCAUCGCUGGAGAUGCGAGUCAUACUCACAGUCCCAAAGCAGCCCAAGGAAUGAACUGCUCGAUGCACGAUUCAUGGAAUCUUGCUUGGAAACUCAACUUUCAAGUCCGUGGUCUUGCCAAGCCCAGCCUUCUGGAGAGUUACGAGCAGGAACGCAAGAAAAUUGCACAAGACCUUAUUGACUUUGACUACGAACAUGCGGGUGCAUUCCAUGCCGGUGACCCAGUUGCCCUCGCAGCCAACUUCGCUAAGAAUGUUGCUUUCAUCAGUGGAUAUGGCGUUAGCUACGAGACUAACAUCUUGAACAUUCAGCCACCCAACGGCCACUGUCGUGGCUCCCUCACGCCAGGUUUCCUGCUUCCCCCAGCUAAAGUCACACGUUAUAUCGAUGCCAACCCCGUUGAUAUCCAAACAGACAUCCCCGCGUUGGGUCAAUUCCGGAUAUAUUUCUUCGCGCAUGACGUACACGCCGCAAUGCCUUUCUUGGAAACUGUGUGCCAGCAGCAAUCCGGCAACUCGUCCUACGUCGGCCGCAUCACCGCUGCCGGCAACGCAUCAUAUACUGUCCAACCACCUCUCGCUGCGCCCCACGACCAGUUCGUCUUGCCUGAGCGAUAUACACCUAUUAGUGGUGUCUUCACAUAUUCUCUUGUGACAGACAUGGACCGCAACAAUAUCGAACUCAAGCAAUUGCCCACUGUUUUGCGCGAGUCGGCAUUCACUUUCUACCUUGACAAUAUCCCUGAGCAAGAUACCCGAAAACAAACUUGUAUGGACAAAUGGUUAGAUGGCCUUGAUAAGAGUGAGGUCGUCGUUUUAAAUGUACGUCCCGACGGAUAUGUUGGGACUUUACGCCGGUUUGCGGAUGGCACCCGAGAGAAUGGAAUGGCUGCUGUACAAUGGAUGGACGAUUAUUAUGAGCAAUUCAUGCGAGACAUGUAGAAGACCCUAUAUAGACCGCUACAGAUUCUGUUCUUUGCAUACCCAAUAACGGCGUUUAGUGCAGGCUCUGGCGAGGGGACAGAGCUACAUGGAUAAUUUAACAAUUUAAUACUUUUC